UGUGUUGCAUCUUCUAAGACGUCUGAAAUGAAUAUUCAUCAAUAUACAAAAGGAUUCUGAAUUUCAAUAAUUUUGUAUUCCCUUAAAUUACCUUUACAAAGCGAGUAAUCGCCAAACGCAGAAACCUGAUCGGAAAAAGGUAGGUUGCUGUCCGGAAUUUGGAUCAAUGACGGCGACGGUGAAUAUGAGGAAGAUGCUGACGGCAUCAGCAGCCAUGGUCUGCGCCGUAGCCGUAGUGUCUUUAUGCGGGGCUUUAUCUUCCCCAGAAACACGCUUCAUCAAGAACACCAUCUCCUCCCAUCAGAUCGUCAUCUUCUCCAAGUCCUAUUGCCCGUACUGUAGAAGGGCAAAAGCUGUUUUCAAGGAAUUACGCAAAGUUCCUCAUGUCGUUGAGCUCGAUCAAAGAGAUGAUGGCAGUGCCAUUCAAGAUGCUCUAAGUGCACGCGUUGGAAGCCGCACUGUACCUCAAGUGUUCAUAGGUGGAAAACACAUAGGUGGAUCAGAUGAUACUGUUGAAGCAUAUGAGAGUGGGGAGUUGGGUAAACUCCUAGGCAUCAAGGAAGACAACAAAGCUGAUCUUUGAACUCAAACCUUGAAUUGUAAGCAGAUAUCUUUUCACCAACAGAGUAUGUUUUGCGUGGAUUAGUUCAAUUGUAACUCUUAAUGAUGGAGGAUAAGUUGUCUCUGAUAUAGGGCUAUCAAAACCAGUGAUAACAAUGCUUUUAAUGUAAGGGGAUUUUCAAACUCUAAUCAAUAGAUUGAACCAUUGGGCCCCUCUAGUUAUGCUUGUUAAUUGAAUCCUGUAGGUCACUCCAUUUUCUAAACUGACUUGCCCUAAAAGUCUUUUCUUUUGGACAACUCUUGAUAGGAAUGUUUUAAACAUUUAUAUUUGAUUUGA